GUGUGAAAGAAAAUGGAUGUUGAUUAACAGAUGAAACUGUUUAUGUUUAUUCGACUAUACAAUUUAUAGCUUGCAUCCCAAGAUUUGCAGAAGUAAUCGAUUGCUAAGACCAACAUGUGAUUUCUGUAAAAUGUCAUGUACACGAAUAAGUCAUGUCCUCUUUGGAAAGUUCACCUAGCAAUAGUCUGAACAGAUCUGUAACAGGGUUGGGAUCUCCUUCUCCAAAAUCAUAUGACUAUUUACUCAAGUUUUUGUUAGUUGGAGACAGUGACGUUGGAAAAGAAGAAUUAAUUACUGGGUUAGAUGAUGGUGCUACUGAAUCUCCAUAUGGCGUUUCAACUUGUGGAAUAGAUUACAAGACAACAACCAUACUUCUUGAUGGCAAGAGAGUAAAAUUACAGUUAUGGGAUACUUCAGGCCAAGGAAGAUUCUGUACAAUAUUUAGGUCAUAUUCCAGAGGAGCUCAGGGUAUCCUGUUGGUAUAUGACAUUACAAACAAAUGGUCAUUUGAUGGAAUGGACCGCUGGAUUAAAGAGGUCAAUGAGCAUGCACCGGGAGUUCCUAAAAUCUUAGUUGGAAAUCGUUUACAUUUGGCCUACAAGAGACAAGUUAGUGAGGCAGCUGCUGAGGCCUAUGCCUUGAGAAAUGAUAUGGCAUUCUUUGAAGUCAGUCCACUCUGUGAUUUUAAUGUGACAGAAUCUUAUGCUGAGUUGUCCAGGCUGGCAUUGAAAAGAAAUGGGGUCAGCAGAUCAUGGGGACAUAAUAAAGUGCUAAGUUUACAGGAGUUGGCCUGUCACACAAUUGUUUCCAGUACAACUAUCUAUGGCAUAGACAAUCUUCCUUUACCGCAGACUCUGAAAUCUCACCUCAAAUCAUAUGCAUUGACAAAUAAAACCCGUGCACGCAUGCUCAGUUUUAUACACAGAGACAAGAGCAAGAAACCAAAAUACUUAAAUCCCAGCGACUCUCCACCUAUGAACUGUCGGAAAAGUUGUUGUAUUAGCUAGCAAUUCAGGAUGGUUGUUAUCUAAAUGAUGAUGCGAGGAGUUUGGAUAAUCCAAGUGCUGUGUGAAGGCAGUGUUUUGAAUCAAUUGGGAGAUAGUAGUGUUCUUGGAGUUUGCUUGGUUGGUUAAAGUUUUCUAUGGAAAUAAUAUCACUUGCUAAUCUGGCAAGGUUUAAAAACUGUCUCAUAAUGUUUUACUUUAUAAUGGUUAAGAUAUUUGGGUUUUCUACAAUGAAAAUUAUUAUUUUUGUCACUCAAAACAUAAGGACAUAUUUUAAAAUCCAAAUUCAUUGAAAAGAAGUAGCUAAAAUAUAUUAUUCUCUACUUCCUUAAGUUUUAUUUUCAUCACAAAAAAGUGAUCAACACAUUUUCUUUGGCCUUUUCAUAUUGCACAUAAAUUUUUAAAGAAAUAAAGGUUAAUGUUGUUUAGUUAAUUUAUCAAAAGAAUUGUUAAAGUUAAAUGGUAAUUUCAAAAUAAACAAUGAGACAAAAUAACAUAUGAAUAUUUAGUGGUUAUGUUUCCAUGGUAUAUUUCAACUGAGUGUAUAUUGUUUUAUGAACUUUACAUAUGUUUGAAUGAUGUUAAGGGAUGAUUGUACAGUUGUAUAUUAGUUUUGAUAUUGGUGCAAUUGUAGGUAAAAUAAAAUUGUUGCAUAAUGUUCAGCUGAUAUCUUGUUGAUCAGUAUACAUCAGAAUAUAGUCAGACCUUUAUAUAAACAAUGCCCUCUACUCCACCCAAAGUAAAGUUUUUUUUUUACAGUAAUUGCUAUAUAAGGUGCUUGGUAUGACAGGUUUUACUAUAUUUAAACAAUAUCACCAAAAUAAAAAUGUCAAUCAAUGCUAUAAUCUCACUCAUUGUGUGUUACAAAUAUUUUGGAUAUUUAUACUGUGUUUUUUUUCAUGCCAUAGAAAAUCUUAUAACAUUUAUAAAACAUAAAGCAUCUUACCAGCUGAUCCAAAUGACAUUUUACUAUUGUCCUUGCAUUGUAUAUAAGAAAAUGUUUCUAUGACGAUGUACUUCAUGCGAGUGCCAAAAAAAGAUGAUAAAUAUUGUCUUCAUGGGAAAAAUAGAAAUUGGGUCACUGAAAAUGGAUCUUUAAUUUCUUUAAUAAUGGAAGAUGUUGGCAUUAAAGUACCUUUUGGUUCAAAAGCAAUUUCCGUAGGAGUGGCUGUAAAAAAGAAAUAAAAUAAAUACUGUUUAAAACUUGCUAAUGUUAAGGCAAUUCUAUAGAUGUAUCUAGUUUUUCAAAAAAGAAAAUUGUUGUGAUUAGAUAUGUUUUUGAUAAGGCCUCUUCCUUGUAAAUGAAAUUAUAUAAGUUUAACCCUUUCUGCAUCAUUUUUAAAACAAAUAUGUGCCAUAAACAUAUGAGUGUUGUUUUUACUUAAAACGAAGGAUUACCUGGUUGUACAGCAAACUAAUUUCUGUUAAAAAUUUGAAUAUAAACAAUCAGGGAUUGACUGUUUAAAGAUGGUUAACUCAUAAAUUUUUAUAUGAACAUGUUUUUUUGUUGUAUGUAUAUUUUGUACCAAAUGACAUACACUAUUCAAAGUUUAUAUUUUUUGUACAGAGAAAAGACAUUUGUACAUAUAGAAUUUGAUGUUGUAUUUAUUAUCAAUCUGAUGGAGAUGCAGAUCCUGUGUCCAGGCUUGGCUUUCAAAGAUCAGACAAUGAUCCAUUCUACUUUCUGUUUUCAAGACCUUUUAGGAUCUACUUUCAGUUUUAAAGAUCUUUCUGGAACUACUUUCUGUUUUAAAGACCUUUCGGGAUCUACUUUAAGUUUUAAAGACCUUUCAGGAUCUACUUUCUGUUUAAAGAUCUUUCAGGAUCUACUUUCUGUUUUAAAGACCUUUCAGGAUCUAUAUUCCAUUUUAAAGAUCUUUUAGGAUCUACUUUCUGUUUAAAGACCUUUCAGUGUGGAUCUACUUUCUGUUUUAAAGACCUUUCAGGAUCUACUUUCUGUUUUAAAGACCUUUCAGGAUCUACAUUCUGUUUUAAAGACCUUUCAGUAUCCUCUGGUUUCGAUGAAAUGAUACAAAAACCAUUAAAAAUUUAACGACUAAAAUUUCAUUAGCUAUUGACCAGAACAGAAAGAAAAUCGAAGCAUUGUCAGAUCCCUGUAAUCAAAGAGAGGACACAUGAUCACAUGAUCUGUUUUAGAAUCAGAUUGUAUUUAUGAUAUGUGUCAUAUGGUUGUGCUGUAUUGUGAUUAUGUUAAAAUUGACUAGUCAAACAUAUUUUGUAGGUUUCAUAGUUCAAAACUUUUAUACUGUUAAUAUUACAUGAAUAAUGAAUUAUAAAGUUGUCAGUUACUUGUCACUUGAUGUUAUAAUCAGUAUUUGAAAUUUAGUAUAUUCUGUAUGUAAUUUUAAAAUGUAUUCAAAAUUAUUGAUAAUGUGCCAUUAUUUUUCUGUCACAAGUUAUUCCAUAUUUUAGAUAUAAUGCCAGUAACUGUCAAAAAUAUUCAUAAUUAAGUAUAUAAUAUAGUAUUACCUUUAAAGAUACUUUAAAACUGACGAAAACAAUGCUGAACUAAAACUGUAUUCAUGCAUCAACAUUUAGAGUAUAAUGCCAGUAACUAAAAUAUUUUCUAAAAAUAAGGAUACAAUUACAUUAACUGUCAAAAAUAUUCAAAGCUAAGGAAUAAAGAUUCAUUCAAGCUAUAUAGAUUAUUAUGUUCACAAUAUUUAUAAAACCACAAAUUCCUUUUCUAUAAGGAGACAGGUCCUUUUAUAGUCUAAAUUAUUGAAAUUUAAAAGAUUUAUCUCACCUGUUAGUUUUUCAUUCAAUAGGUGUUACAAAUCAUUAUCAGGAAUAUACUCUAAUGAUCAAACGUAGGAAUUACUGUGGAUUCAUUUAUUUCCGUGGAUUAAGGAACAAUUUCCUGGAUAUUUGAUUUCUUGGUUAUGACAAAAUCUACAUUCAAGUCUAUGUCAAAUUUGUAGUUUUGUUAAAUAAUUAAAUUUUUGGUUCUCCUGUACCAACGAUUUCCAUGAAAACCAAAUAAUAAUGAUUCUACAGUAAAUACCUCUUUUUGUUUCUUGUGCAAUUGCUGUCUUAAGCUGAAAUAUGGACAUUUUGUCAGUGGUUUAUACUCUUAUGCAAUUUAUAUAUGAGACAAUUACCAAUGUAAACAAAGACUCAUGGUCUUGAAGUUUCAGGUAACAUUUUUCUAAGGUAUGUUUUAUCUAAAAUUAAAUUAUUAUGAUGGCAUUUAUUAAAUCUGCAUUAUAAACUUUGUAAUUUACCUGUCUUUGUCUCUUGAGUUUUUAGCUAAAAGUUAGCUCACUUUUUGUUCUUAUAAAAUCCUAUCAUAAUUAAGCAUUAGAAACUUGUAUCAAUGGAGAUUAUAAUUUGUAAAAUUGUGUAUAAAGUGCACAUGUGUCCCAGAAGUAGUGACUGAAAAAUAAUACAGCUAAUUGCAAUUACAAAUUUUAUUUUUAAAAUCAGCCUUCUCCACUGUAAUGAAGGAUACAUUUUCUGUAAACUCUUUGAACUUUGCCAUAAUUGCCUGUAGAAAUUAUAUUCAAUAUUGGCUCUACCAGCUGCUUUUACCAACGAAAAUACAAGAUAGCAUUUUACAGUAAUAUUUCACACUACUUCUUCAUUGAUAGGACUUAUUAAGAAAAGAUAUCCAUUAAAUAUUCUUUCUUUUUGUCCCCUUUAAAGAUUUUAUUAUUUAUUGAAUUAGUCCACUUAAAAUCAUACAUCAGGCAUUACUAACAGUGAAAAAUACAUUCUAAUGGUGUCUCUAGUCAUUGCAAAUUUAGAAACAUCAAAUAUGUACUGAAAGUAUAAAAUUAACAUAGGUGAUGAUCAGAAUUUAAAUUAGAAACUACUAGGAUAUAUAUCUUUAUUCUCAAACAGCUAAUGCAUAACGUCGGUACAGAAUCAAAACAGCUUUGAAAUCACAGCAUCUGUUAAAUAUGUUAUUUCUUAAGAUAUGUACAUUUUUUGUCCAUGCAUAUUGUAUGGUAUCAUUUCUUAGAAAUUUUGGUGACUGACAUAACUUGUAUUUUCUAUUACAGAUUUUAUACUGUUUGAGUCCUAAGACUUUCUGUUAAUUGAUGCUGAUGUACAGUAAUAUGUAUAUAUUUAAUACAUGUAAAAUGCAUGUAACUUAGAUCUGCCAAAAACAUCAAAUGUUUGUAAUGGCAUUAAAAAUAAAUAGAAUCUCAUUUAC